AUGUCUUAUGCGCUAAAGUCUCCUUCAAAGCAAAACGGCCGAAGCAGUAAAGACCAUGCGGACGGUGUUCUUCUUUUGGGAAGACAGCGCAUUUCGUCGUCCGGUAGUCCAGAAAUACAGUUUCGUCCAGAGUUUGCCUACGAAACCUAUGAGUUGAAUGCUUCGUUUUCAGCCUCUUCGCCGAUCUCUCCGUCAAAAACCAACGGAAAUUUCUUCAGUGUCCAUCAAGCUAUCCGAGCGAACAAGAUGGAGAGUGUGCGGCGUUACUCUGAAACGGGGCACGAUAUGGAUGUUGUUGAUGGUGCUGGGUUUACGGCGCUGCAUUAUGCCUCUAGCGCUAACAACACUGAAGCGAUGUCCCUGUUGCUGGAUUGCCGCGCGAACGUCAACUAUCAGGGUCAACAGCUUCUCACGCCUUUACACAUGGCUGUUCGGUGAGUUAUUUCUGCUUGUCCCACAGUUUUGAAGUCUUUUUCUCAAAAGAUGUACAGUCUCAUUCCAAAUUCUAGAACGGCGGAGCAAAUCGAUUUCUAACCGAUUUUGGCACCUUCGUGUUAAACAAGGCGGAGCUUUUACAAAGCUAACUCUCUAAUUGUAUAUACGUACUCCCGUUUUAAUUACUUUUGACCAAAUUGCACAGCGAUAAUCUAUAUCAACAUGGUAAGCAGCGGUACUUGCCUGGCUGACUUGGGAAAUUCAUCGACUUUUUACUUCUCAGAGUUUUAAAGCAAGAAAAAGGACCCCUCUGUAACAGACUCAGUGAAACCCUACCCUGUAGUCCAGUUAUAUAAUUCAGCCUCCCCGAUACCUGGCGAAUAGUUUGUUUCUACCUGGUUACUUUUUUUUCCCCGGUCACGUCUUUUAUGGCUUCCACAAAACCAGCAUAUUUCGUUAUUCGUAUUCAGUUGCUUAUAAUAAAAAAAUGAAUAUAAAACAUUAUUACCAUUGACAGAAAAAUUGGAGGGUACAGAUAAUUGAUCUUGCAUUUAAAAAGUGUAAAACGUUUAGCUCUUCUCACUGUAGCAAUAUGUUAAAGGGUUAAAGGUUUCAUGGCGAAAAGUUUUAAGUUCUGUAACCGCUUUAAGCUUGUAUGGAAGUUACACAACUACAAAAGACCCUGUGGGAAAUAAGCCAACGGCGGUGACGUUUCCUCCAAGAACCUGGUGACAUGAAGAUAUAGACUCUACUGCGUCUGUUACAGAGGGUAUAAAUAAGUAAUUGCUUUAUAUUUCAGUAAACGAAAAGAGUGCCUUCAAAUUAGUUUCAAAACGUUUUGUUUUUCGCCAUAACAGAACACUGCCCCGUUUAUUGCGUAGUCAGUUAAUAUGCUAAAUAGUAAAUUUACUUUUGACGUCAUCUUUUCUUUUCAAACAAACAGGCAAAUUGAUAUCUAAAGCUGAACUACAUUCAUCGAAAGACCCAAGGGAAAACCAAAAUAAUUAUAAGAUUUAAUGACUUUCUGACUAGCUCACUAGGGAGUUUAAGAUACCACGAAGGCGGCGGCCACUAAAACGUCAGUAAAAAAGUGAAUUUUCGGAAGAAGGAAAGAGAAGAGGAAAAAAGCUGUUGAGGAAGUCCCAACUAGUAAAAUUUAGAUAUGGAUACGAAAUAGUAAUAAUUGGAGAGCACACAACAACUACUGAAUAAUACUUAUACUAACAUUAUAUUAUAGAGUUGUUUUACUUGAACCGUGAAACAGAUGCUAAGAAAUAUGUAGUGUAAAUAGCGAGAGGUAGAAAAAAAAGACAAUAGAAAUAGUUCAUAAUAGUGCGUUAAGUGUUCUACUACCUAUUUCACGGUUCAAGUAAAAUCACUCUAAACUACAGAAGAAAAUAUAUAAGACUUAAGCGGUGACAGAAUUUAACAAAUUAAGACUAAUUUAGUAGAUAAUUUGGAAAACAUAUCAACUAAAAGGUCCAUUGUACCGACCUGAAUUUGCCCAUCAAACUUAACACAAUAGUUCUUUUGUUCCAGGAUUUUUUAAAAAUCUCCGCUCUGCAGCGCGUUUUUUAUGCGUUUUCGGUGACCGUUGUCACCGGCCUUACGUGUGGACGGUGGGCUAAACCAAGUCCGUGGGAGAUAACUAUAUUGUUUUCCAACUGCAUUUCUUGACGAAAUCAAGUGUGACGUCACAUAGUAACGGGCGAGAGCUUCUGGUCCCCCGUGCAAGGACUACAGUUAUUCGAACGAGAGAGGUCGGGGAAAACAUAAAAAAAGUUAGGAUAAAUGUUGCUAUACAUCGCUAAUUUAAUUAAAGUGUCAGGUUUUGGUCUUUUCUUUCCAGCUAUAACAGUUUCGAGGCUGUCAAAACGCUUAUAGAAUAUAAUGCUGACCCCUCUAUCGAAAACACCGACGGCGCAACACCACUUCAUUUCGCUGCACGGCGAGGCUGUGUAGCAAGCUCCAGGGUUCUGCUGAGUAACAAGUUAUCGUCCGUUAACUGUCCAGAUAACAGUGGAAUGACACCUUUCCAUCUCGCCUGUGUCAGCGGUAGUCUUAAGCUUUGUGAGAUGUUUUUGGAACAAGAAGCAAAUAUAUGCGCGCGCACAUUGGAAGAAAAGAGCCCCCUACACCUGGCUGCUUUGCAUGGAAAUGAAAAGAUCGUCGAGCUUUUGAUAACUCAAGGUUAGUCUGACUGCAGGUAUUUUCAUAUUUUUUACUUUUAAAUAUAGUUCGUGGACUGGAAAGGUGGAUUUGGCCAGGAGCCUAUAAGAACGAAUUGGGUCAAAACAGUCAGCCACAUUUAACUGAGACGUGGAGGAGCGCACCGACUUUGUCUCCUAAGUGUCGAGCGCAGACUAAUAAGCCAGUUAUCGGUGUGGAGAGUCUUCCACCAGGUAUCAGGGAAAGUCUAUGAAAUGUUUGCAAGAUAAAGCAGCCUUUGACUAAAAGCUAUUCUCAGUUUAGAUGACUGAGAGGUGGCGUGAGAUCGUUCGCCAGUUAUCGGAAGGGGACUUAAAAAAACUCAAACCGCUGUUGGAAGCCUUGCCAUUGGCCCUGUCCAUGGGGGAAAAAUGCGUCGACGACUUAAAACAUCAAAAAGACCAGUCAGACAAAAAAAGUUUCAAAUUAACCAGUUUUCACUGUCAUUUUACGAAUGAAUUUACCUCAGUUUCCUCAAUAUCUAUAAAUCAGUACUACUGAAUUGAAGAAUGAAUUUAAAUCUGUGCUGACAAAGUCAGGGUUUUAUUCUUCAUUGACAGUGAUUUGAGAAGAAAUUCUAGCUUUUGUAAUGAUAUCAAGGAUGUAAUUCAAAUUGCUUUAAACUAUAGAUGAGCCUCAAGAUCAGAAGGAAUAAAUAACAUUUUAAUUUUGCCAAUAAAAAUAGUCUGAUAAUGUUAAAUAAUUCAGUGUUAUAUCAUGUUUAACUGGGCCUUUUUGGAUUCCUGCUCUCUAUAACUUGAAAACCGCUCAUCCUAAGGCCACCAAAAUUACACACGAUCAGUAAUGUACUCAUCCAACUUCUGUGUAUAACUUGACUGACAAUAUGACGUAAUCUGACGUCAUUAUGACGUCAUGUUGUUGAAUUUAUUAGCAAAAUCCAAAUUUCUCUCAAAGUAGACAAAGAGCGAAAAAAGCGUAAAUAGUAAGGUCUGAUAAAAUAAAGAAAGUUCGCUAACACAUAAAAAAAGGAACUGGAAUCAUCCGCCAUCUUGGAUCUUGGAUUAAAUGUGUUCCCUUUUACUUGAAACUCGUAUACAUAGAGGUAUUUUUAACAGCAGUCUUAAUUCGAAUAUAAAAGGAUGCCUAGAAAGCACUGUUGAAAAUUUAACUCGGCACAAGAGAUCAUUCUCUCUUUCUCAGCAUCUGCCAUUUGGUCAUAAUAAACUCUUAUUUUUUUCUCAAACUAGUCACUAAGAAGCCUGGAUUUCAUUAACAGUUACAAUGACUUUGAUAAAAUAAAGCUAAAUUAAGUGUAAUAUAAUAAUUCAAUCAGUAACAAUAAAAAGAAAACCUAUACUUUGGAGAAAAUGCAAAAUUUGGAAAAACAUGGCUGUCAACGGUUGCAAUGGUAACAUCAAUGUUGACGCGUCACGACCACUUUAAAAUGUUCCCAGAUAAAUUUUAGAAAAAGUCGCCAAGUUUGGUGGUCCUACCUUGAACGGUUUUGAAGUUAUUCAAUUUUUUAGAGAGGCGGAGGGGGGAGGGGGGGGGGCUAGUAGCCUAGUAGUGGUCUAGUAGCACACUCAAGUUACAGUAAUUCAUGAGUAUUUAUUCUUGUUUUCCUAGCUAAUGAUAUAUUUGGAAUCCCACACUUGUACAUCAACAAGCCCGACUUUGAAGGAAAUACUCCUCUACACUUGGCCUGCCAAAAAGGUCACGUGGAAACGGCAAAAUGUUUGUUAGGUUAUGGAGCUGACGUAAUGGAUGGGGAAAAUCAGUGGGAUAUUCACUCACCCUUGCACCUUGCUGCUACUAAUGGUCACAUGACUGUGGUAGAAUUGCUUAUUACUCAUAAUGCACCAGUGGACUGCAGAGACGAAUUUCAGAGAACUCCUCUUCAUAGGUGAUGCAUGUUUAGUGUUGUUAUAUCAUCAGUUUAGUGCUCUAAUGAACGAGUUUGCGAACUCUGUUUUUGUUAUUAUUUUUUAAGAUUUUACUAGAAACUGAUUUUUUAUGCACCCUUUCGUUCAAAAACAUGCUAGGGUAGUACAGUAUUGCGGUUAAAAGUUCUGUAGGUUUUUUUGUAAGGGCAGUGCUGAGUUUUUAAUUGCUUAGUUGGUCGAGCGUUGGAGUGCUGAGCGGGAAGUCUUGAGAUCGAUCUUCGAGGUCGGAAUACUCAAGUUGGAUCCUGUAAUGGUCUUAAACUUCACACGACUCAGAUAACUUUGGAAAAAAAGUGGUCCCAUCUCCAAAAAUGCACGUAUAAAACCAGCAAUUUUUUUAUUUGCUUAAAAGCACUUGAUUCAUUGGCAGUCAGUACUGGAGUUUUUUCUAAGCAACCAGCCUAAAGGAGUGAAAGAAAAUCUACACUACGAUCUCUGUUUACCGAGACUUGAAAAUUGUUUACACCUUGCACAACUUAUGACCGUGUUAAUGUUCCUGGAAAGAUUGGUUAAAGUAAUGUUUAUAUUUGCUGAGAUAAGUUUGUCAUAACCUAAGUAUUUGUCCUUAGAUUUAUGGCAUUACCAUGGCAACACGUGGGCCUAGUCCCAUGCAUGCCACAUCAUUUGUGUCAACUCAAUCAAUUCCAUUAUCUCGCCAAAAUGCUGUUUGAUAAAAUCUUUAAGAAAAUAUCCCACUUAACUAUUUUAUUUUAGAUUAGGGUUAACUACCUCCUUAACGACGUGGCAAAGACUGCAAAAAGAUUGGAACAGUUAUGUGAAGGUGCUUCAUAGUCAAAGUAUGGUGCUGGUGUUGAUAAUACACCCGUGCAACCUCCUCCCCAGGGCUUUUUCCUUAGAAAAUGGGAGAGGCGCCCCUCCCAUUUUACAACAACAAUCUUAUUCCACUUUCAAAUACGAGAGUAAUUACACACGCAGUUAAUUAAUUACAGGUAUAAGAAAUCGGAAAAAAAACUUUCCUACCGCUAAUAGCAUAAAAAGCUAAUCGAGGAGGAGGAAAGAUGAAGACAAACUUAAGGUACGAGAAGGAAGUUGCUGCCUGGGAUGGUGAGGAAUAUUAAACUUAACAUGUUAUCUUAUUAUUUGGUAGGGCUGCCGAGUUUGACCGUGACGAUGUUGUGAAGUAUUUACUAAAGAUGGGCGCAGACAUUGAGGCAAGAGAUAGUGCUUACCGUACUGCUUUCCUUUGCGCCGUAAAACGAGGAAGGACGCGAACUGCAGAACUGCUGCUGGAGUCUGGGGCUGACAUGAAGUCGCGUGACGAUUCUCUCCGGACCUGCAUACACCUCGCUGUGCAGUACGAGCGAGAGGAUACUUUACGCAUGCUUCUUAACCGAGAUCAGGAUGAACUGAUCAAUGAGAAGGACAAGGACUUGGAAACUCCGCUACAUUAUGCAGCAAAAAUAGGAUCAAACAAAGUAAGGCCUGAUGAGAUGAACUUUAAAAAGUGAAAUGAGGAUCCCAGCGAGGGGAUCUUUUCCUCGAAAGUCAGCAUUAACCUUUCGUGCCUGAAGUUAUUUACAACUCUCUAGCGUUACUUUGAAAUCACUGAGGACUACGUCUUGAAGUUUCCCCGUGUUAAAUUUCGUAUCCAAGAUAAUGAAUCCUUUCAAUUGCUUAUUUUCAAUUGUCUCCUGCCUUGAACUAUUCUCAAUUCUUUUUUAAAUUUUAAUUAUAGAUUCUUCAGCUUCUUCUCCUGAAGAAAUGCGCAGUGACUCGCAAUGUAUUUGAGAGGUCUCCUCUACAUGAAGCCGCUGAAAAGGGUCACGUGAGCUGCGUAGAGGUGCUUUGCUCAACUUAUCCUGGCCAUAUCAACGAUAAAGACGAACGCGGGCUCACGGCCCUUCAUCUAGCCGCGCGAGAACGAUGCAGGUAUACCAGCACUAUACAAUGAAUUCUUAAACUGUGGAGAGAAUGUAAGAAACCAUGGAAUGGCACUUGUAGAGACGGCUUCGAACAAACAACCGGGUUAAUAAUUAAGCAAAGCAAUCGGUUUGUGACAUUUCUUGGCAUUUCUCUGCCACACUACCCGAGGCAAAACUCAGCUACCACGUACAAAUGUUUAAAUCUAAGAAUUUACGAAGACAUGUUAGUUACCCUGGUCCCAGCUGAGGCAGGGUAAGAAAUAUCUACUUUAUUCUAGUUGCACCUAAAGAGUCAGGAGUCUCCAGUUGAAAACCCUAACUUAUUUAAAGCGGUUAUGUCACUAGGAUAUUGCUGUAUUACACCAUACUUAAAAUUCUCCGUUAGAGAAAUGAAAAAGACGUCAAACAAAUUUCACCACCGAGCACUAAUAAGAUAACAUUUGUCUGGUGAUUUUUGUAGGCAUAGCAUUAAACUUGAAAAAGUUGGCCCGAUUUCUUCAAAUUUCAAUCCAUGUCCAUCCUUGCCAUCCGAAGCAACAGACGAAAGAAAAGAGUUUCAAUAAAUACAGUCUUAAAUAACAAACCUGAACCAUCAUUUUUGAAAUUUAGUUGAUGCGACGAUACAUUUUAACUUUUCACAAAGAUAACAAAUAGCGUGAUAAAGCCUCUUUAAAUCAUACGACUCAUUCUCUGAAAACGUUUUGUCGUGAUGUCCUUGUCUUUCCUGUUUAUCAGAGAAACAUGUUCUGUACUUUUGCACAUGGGUGCGCACAUCAUGAUUCGAGAUAUCAACCGCUGGACACCACUUCACCAUUCCGCGUUUGGAGGAUGCGCCUUCAGCACUCGAGCAUUGCUUGACCAUCAUUCGACUCAGCCAAUGAAAGCAAAAGAUGAAGACGGCAACACACCCUUACAUAUUGCCGCUGAGUGUGGUCACGUGAACAUUGUAAAGAUGAUGCUAUCUCGUGGUGCUGAUAUCAGUGUGGUUAAUAAAGAGAAGAAGACCUGUUUGGAUGUAGCAAUUGAAAGCGGCAAGGAGAAAGUUGCGGAGGUUUUCUUAGGAAACCAAAAGUAAGUCAAAUCAACCCCAACCCUCACAGCUUUAAUUCUAUGUUGUUUAUUGUUGGAUCGCUACUAUGGAUCUUUUCUUAAAACUACUGCAGUAAAGCAGGUGCACAUAUCGUCGUAAUUUUUCUUAUUAUUUUUAUUUUGUAAUACGGCAUUCACAGAAUGCCUGUUUUGUUUUAACCUCGUUUCCAUGUUCUUUGGUCUCCCAGUCCAAGAGGGAGCGUAGGAAGAAAGACUGCAUCCGACAGACCCAGAUUGCAUUGCUCUCUCUUCUUUUAAGGAAUUAGUUUGCUUUAUUUGUGUAACAAGCUACACAAAUACUUGUUAGAGACUGAACUAUCUCUUUUUUCUGGUGUUUUUUUCUAACGCCAUCUCUGGUUUCCCAGCGAGGUUCGUCUGAGGUGACGAACGCAGAAAUUCCAUAGUGAUGACAUUCCAGAACUUGAUAGUACUCUUAAAGGAGCUGUGUUACGAAAUUCAGCCAAAUUAGGAAAUUACGAAAUGCCCGUUAAAUUAAGAGAAAGAUAAAAAUAACCACUUAAAACUUUAAAGGAAGGUUAAAAUAACUUAACAGAAUUAACAGAUGCCACGGAUGGGCAAAACUUAAGAAGACUGAAACGGAUUAAAAUUAGGGUUUUUUGAAAACUGUUCAGCCUAACAGUUUUUCAAAGUUGAUCCCUGCUGCUUGCAACUUCAAAAAUAAUGCUCAAGAGACAUAUUUGUUUGUCUCGGAUCUCUGAUUUUGUCAUUUACCUGUAAUUUCUUUGGUUACUUAAUGUUCCAUAGUGACUGAGGGCGAGUAAUUAGCACAAUUAAACAAAAUGAACUGGACUGCCAUGACACAGCCCCUUUAAUUGAUCGUACCGCAGGGAAAAUUUGCUUCGACCAUUAAGAGAUACUGGACCCAGAUCUUGAUAGUCACGUAAUCAUAUUUCAAAGGCCUGAACAAGAGGUGGCGUCUCGAAAUGUCUGCUGUUUUCUCAGACUUUUCAACUAACAAAAACUUUUCUUCUCCAUAUCUAGGUGGAAGAACAUCCUUAAAUGCAAAGGUAACAAUGAACCAAAUCCCAUGGCACAACUCAUAAGGAAAAUGCCUAAACUUGCUGAGGAAGUCAUGAAUAAAUGCAUUACCUACUCUGAUCUGCCGCAAAGCGACCCUGAAUACUCCGUGACCUUUGAUUUCAGUCUCCUGACUAGCGAUGAGACCAGUGAGAAUCAGGCAACCAGAGGAAAAUUCUUCUUUGGCCCUGCUACAAUGGUUGAAGCUGAACGCGAAGACCUGCUUGUUCACCCUUUAUGCCAGGCUCUUCUUCAGUGGAAGUGGAUUAUCCUGGGAAAGCCAGUGUUCUGGUGUAACUUUCUCACCUACUUGGUCUUUGUUUGCCUCUUCACUGUUUUCACCUUGACUGAAAGAGCAAAGCAGCACGUGUUUGAUUCCUCUUCCAGCAAUGCCACUAAAGAAGAUAGGAAGAUCUUCGAGAAUAGAAACGCGUUUUCCAAUGGGGUCCCUGUGCUGAUUGCAUUGUUCAUUUGCAUACAUAUCGCGAAAGAAAUUUACCAAAUAACAGUGCAACAUUGGAGGUAUUUCACUCAUUUCACGAAUCUCACUGAAUGGUGCUGCUACAUCACAGCUCUUUGUUACGUCGCGCCUUUUUUAAUUGGGCGCAACAUCUACGACUUGUCGCUAUGGCCACUUGCAACAGUAGUGAUUCUUUUGUCGUACAUCAGUCUUACUUUGUUCUUGAGAAGAUUUUCAUAUUUUGGUAUUUACAUCUCGAUGUUUAUUGAAGUAGCCAAAACAUUUCUUCGAGUCAUAUUUAUAUUCACGCCAAUGAUCGUUUCGUUCUCACUGGCUUUUUUCCUUCUUCUCAAAGAACAGGUAUGUUGCAUAAUAUAAUCAACAAUUAUUGAAUGGGCCUGAGUAUGAUGUGAGGAAUUAUGCAGAAUGAGGAGUAUAUUAACGGUUGAGGUGGAUAAAAAAACAGCCUCUGAGAUCUGCAUAAUGCUUCACAUCAUACGAAAGCCGAAUUCAAUAAUUGUCUUUUAUUGUUCAUAUUAAAAAUAUUUGUAUGUUCUUAACAAAACUUACCUAGUCGUAGACUUUCUUAAAAGGUUGGCCCAUCUCUCGGCAUCGAGUAAUAUAUAUUUUGCAUAUUUUUACAUUUCUUCCUUUCAGGUGCGUGUGUUGCUUACGGUUUUCUUUGGUAUCAAACAAACUUACAGACAUUAUAAAUUUUUUUCUAAGGGUCCUUUCAACACUGUUUUGUGGUCUUUCGUGAAGACAGCUAUAAUGAUGCUCGGCGAGAUUGAUUAUACUGAUAUUAUAGUUGAAGCCAAGGACCAGUUCAGUGACGAAUCUGGGGCACCACUUGCCCCUAUCCCAGAGUUCUCUGCGACCCUCGUGUUGUUGUUCUGUAUAAUGGUCUCCGUCCUUCUUAUGAAUCUGUUAGUAAGUGAACAAACUUAUUUUGCUAAAUCUAAUUUUUAACUUUGUAAGCCGUAUACUUAGUGGAAACAACCGUGUCCUCUUGUUUGUACAACUGAAGCUAGAAAAGUCUGCAUUUCUACAGUAGGAGAGUACAAAGAGGGCUAUUCUCGUAAGAGACUGUGUCAUAAAGAAGUGAACAAUUUUAAGGCGCAAGAACCGCAAGGGAAUAUCUGUUUUUCAUCCGAAGCCCCAUCUUACUGGAAGAUAUUUAAACACAAAAGGCACGAUACAAUGAUAAGGCACUGCUCCCCCCGCUUUUCCCGCCUUUCACAGCAAAAUUAAAAUGGUGACCCAAAGGAAAAAGUGAUUGCAAAUUUUUCCGCAUAUUCCUCUCUAGCCUGCGUAGCAAGCGUUUCCGCGCGAGUUCGUCGAGAAAGUUAGCCGACUAGAGCAAAAAAAGAGGAAUUUUUGCUCUCGCUCAAACUUUCACGUAAUAGCUCGAUCGGAAACGCUUGCUAGGCAGGCUAAUUCAGCUCGGAAUAUUGCAUUUUAAAAUCAUCUUUUUUCAUUUAUACACAAGCGUGUCAAAAUUUUUACCCUAUCCAAAAAAAGAAACGUCCCAAAGCAGUCUCGUUCUCAGGUCUUUUCUAAGAGAAAAAGCCCUCAUGUAACGAGGUUGGUCCCAAACACAGCGCAGUACUACUGAAGUUCACAAAUUUAAGGUUUUUGUUGUUUCCAAACUCUUCUCUUUCUAAACAGACCAGGAAAAUUGACAAAAUGGUGCUUUUCGCCAUAUAGCAUGCUAUUUUGUUUCCUUUUCUCUCAGUGCGAUGUUAAGUCAGAUGACUAUUGCUAUUUUAAUUUAGGUGGGUUUGGCGGUAGGUGAUAUUGACAGUAUCCAGCGUGAUGCAAAUAUGACGCGUCUGGCCAUGCAAGUUGAGUUUGUGACCGACAUUGAUCAACGAUUUCCUCAUUUCCUGAAAAAAUAUUUCCUUAAGUCAGUACUGGUCGUGAAGCCCAAUCGAAGGAAGAAACUUCAGUAG